AUGAAUUGGGGUACCGAGCUUUGGGAUCAAUAUGAUAACUUAGCCGCCCACACACACAAAGGAAUUGAGUUCCUAGACAAAUAUGGAAACUUCGUGAAGGACCGAUGCGCUAUUGAACUUGAGUAUGCAGGAAAACUCAGGAGGCUUGUUAAAAGUUAUCAGCCAAAGAGAAAAGAAGAAGAUGAAUACCAAUAUUCAGCAUGCAAAGCUUUCAGACAACUGCUGCAGGAGCUGGGCGACUUCGCGGGGCAGCGCGAAGUUGUGGCGGAGAACCUACAGUCGAACGUCGUACGAGAGUUGCAUUUACUUGCCAAGGAGCUGCGAGAGGAAAGAAAGCAACAUUUGAAUGAAGGCGCGAAACAGGUGGCCGUACUCAACUCAGCCAUAGGAGCACUAGAAAGAGCGCGGAGAGCCUAUGAGCGAGCCGCUCGAGAAUCGGAAAGAGCGCUUGAAACGUUCCAGAAAGCUGACGCUGACCUCAAUCUAAGUCGAGCAGAGCUAGAGAAACAGAAAGCGAACGUAAAAGCUCGAAGUCAGGCUUGCGAAGAAGCGAAGCAAGAGUACACAGACCAGCUGCGUAAGACAAACGAAGCACAGAGACAGCAUUACGAACAGAGGUUGCCACACGUAUUCAAGCAAUUACAGGAUUUGGACGAAAAGAGGAUAAAAAACAUAAAGAACUUCAUGUUGAGUUCUGUGGACGUCGAAAGGAAAGUGUUCCCCAUAAUAAUGCAGUGCCUUGACGGAAUGGAGUUAGCGGCGAAUAGUAUUAAUGAAAAAGAGGACACGCAGUUAGUAAUAGAAAGGUACAAAUCUGGUUUUGCGCCGCCGGAGGAAUUCAGAUUCGAGGCGAUGUCUGGUGGCGAAGUAGCAGAGGUGGUGCCGCAAAAUCACCUCACCGCCGCGCGAGGCACAGUCUCCGGACACAGGAUCAAGAAACGAGGUGGACUUCUCUCCAUAUUCAGUUCCAACAAGAACAACAUGUCGAUGGACGGAAAGGAGGAUUAUUCAGAUUUGCCACCAAAUCAGAAGAAAAAGAAACUACAGGCCAAGGUCCACGAGUUAAACAAACAGGUGGCACAAGAACAAGCUGCAAUGGAAGGUCUUAUGAAGAUGAAGGGUGUAUAUGAAACAAAUCCUACGUUAGGGGACCCGAUGACUGUAGAAGGCCAACUAAACGAAUGCUGCGAUAAACUAAAGAAACUGCGAGCACAGUUACGGAAAUAUGAAGAACUAUUAGCUGAGGCGAACAGUCAGUUGUGCGCACCACCGAUACACCCUGCUUCACGAACUAAUGGUUCCGCCCCACCCGCGCAGGCUAUCAGCAUCGGGUCGAACAGCGAGUCGCUGUCCCGGUCCGCGUCCGAGUCGUCGGUGAGCACGGGCACGGGCACGGGCACGGGCGCGCACUGCGCGGCGGGCGGCGCGCGCGCGGCCGGCGGCUCGCCCGAGUCGGGGCUGGGCGGCGAGCUGGCGGCCGCGCACGACGCCAACGGCCACCACCACGACGACCACGACGAGCACGACGCGCACGACCACGAGUCCGACCUCGACUACUACUACGAGCCGGACCUCCAGCCGCUCGGAUACUGUAAAGCGCUCUAUGCGUUCGAAGCCAACGGUACAGGCUCAACCAUGCGCAUGGAGUGCGGCGAGCGGUUGCUGGUGCUAGAAACAGACGCGGGAGAUGGCUGGACGCGUGUACGCCGACACCACACGCGCGAAGAAGGCUUCGUGCCCACCACCUACAUCGCGACCACGCUAUACGCCGACGCACACGAGCACUAG